AUGUUAGCACCAGUUAUAAAGCACGAUUUAUAUCACGAGUCAGAUGGUUCAUGGUUAGGUAGCAGUUUGCGCUCAUCAGAUGGAGGAGCAUCGCACGGUGGAGGUACGGAUGAUGUUGGUUUGGAUGAUCGGGCACGCAUUGAGCGCAAAAUAGAGCAAAUCAAAGAAAGAUUAUCUCGCAUUUCUCUUGCCAGAGAGGCGGAUGUUGAUGAUUUCUUGUCUAUGACUAGCAGUAUGGAAGGUGGAAGCGAAAAUCCACAACUAGCCCGGGUUCGACAACAUUUUGAGAAAAAAAACAAGAAAAGUUCGCAAGAAAUUGAACAUUUAAAGUAUGCUGUUGUAAAUUAUGUGUAUGUUUUAUAUGCAUUCCGUGCCGGUACGGUUUUUCUCCUCAUACAACGACAGAAGAAACUGGAACAGCUGCAGUCAAAAUUAAUGGAUUUGAAUAUGGGAAUUGUUACCGAAUUUUCAUCUAAAAGCGCUGUCCUUAAUAAUAUUAGGAAAACGGGUCCAUUGCUUCGAGAAGUGAUAGCUGCACCACGUGGUAUAGCACAUAUAAUCAAAAGUACUUUUGGGUCAGCAGACAAUAUACCGGGCAGUAUUGCAAGUGAUGUAUCUAAUGUGGGCCAUUCCACUUUUUAUUCAGAUACACAAACUAAUGAUAGGACGCGUAAGUUGAAUUUAGAAAAUUGCGAUGUCGGAUCAUCACCAGUUAAGCGCGGACAUAAGCGUAAUGAAACACUUCCUCCAAUGGCAUUUGAUCUCGAUAACUUAGUAACUUCAUCUCGAUCAGAAUCUCGUAAUGAAUCGGAAGCCGGAUUUACUGCUUCAAAUACUGUGGUCGAAUUGCGUAAUGAUAUACAAGAAUUGAAAGCACAAAAUCAGGCACUUCUUGAGCAGCUUAAUAAGUUACAAGUGCAGAAUAAAUCCGAAUUCAAUUACUUCAACAAUGCGCUUCAUGAAGAAAGGAUCAAAACACAGAGACUUGAAGAAAUGUUGAAUGAAACGAUUGAAUUGCAUCAGGCUGAAAUAAUUGCACUUAAAUCUGAUCUCAACACAAUUGCUACACGUAUGGAUUAUCAGUACAGCGAUCGCUUUCGAUCUAUUGAAGAGAACAUUGAAAGUACUCAAAAUAAGAUGAUACGAAUGGAAGUAAAUGUGAAAGAAUGGACAGAAUUUCGACCACAAACAACAUUCAAUUCAGUAAUGCUUUCUGGAACAAAUAUUCUGGUGGAAUUUAUCAAGCUUGUAUUGCUUAUUGUGUCUUUUGCUCUUGAUUUUGUUAAACCUUUCACCGGUACCAGGACCCGCGCUGGGUUUGUGAUUGUGUCCUGGUUAGCGCUAAUGAUCUUGACACAUUUUAUCAAUUUUGAUGAAUUAAUACGAAGAAUUGGUGGUAUUUUCUAUCUUUUUUCAACAUCGUCAUCAUCAAAUUCUAGUAACACAAAUCCUUUGUAG